UUUGAAGAAUGAGACGCGGCCUCGCUCUCCCAGCAUCCUUAGCGGCGGGCGACGGAAAACGCAAACGGCCAUGUCGUGGUAGAAACCAGCUCAGAGACGACGAGCUAAUCCGCUUCACAAGCUUCAACUCGAGCCACUCGUGUUAUGUAGCGUGUAAAAACAACAAAUACAGCUCUCAGAGUCACACAUCUGCACUGUAGGUGUUACAGCGACAGGAUUUCGUGGACGUAAGUGUGUUUAUUGAAAGGCAAAAAAAACAAGACAAACAUGAGCGGAGGAGGAACGCCGUACAUCGGCAGCAAAAUUAGCCUAAUCUCCAAGGCCGGGAUCCGCUAUGAAGGAAUUUUGUACACCAUUGACACUGAAAACUCGACCGUAGCUCUUGCUAAAGUACGCUCUUUUGGGACUGAGGACCGACCCACUGACAGGCCUAUCCCACCUCGGGAGGAAGUGUUUGAGUACAUCAUCUUCCGAGGUAGUGAUAUAAAAGACCUCACAGUUUGUGAGCCCCCUAAAGCCACUAGCAGCCUGCCUCAGGACCCUGCCAUAGUUCAAUCAUCGAUUGGCUCCACCAAUGCUGCAGCACCACCUUUAUUCCAGUCGGCUGGGACCUAUGGUCCAUACAGGGGCCCUGCUGUUGCACCAUACAGUCAGUUUGGUGGUACACCUCUUGCAGCUCAGCAGUUUGGAUCUGCUGCAGCAGGGCGCACUAGUCCCCAGCUGGAUGCAUUAACAAAAAUUCCCACUCUGGAGCCAGCAGUGCAGCCUCCUCCAUCAGCUGCCCCAGCACCACCUGCACCUGUAGGUCAGAGGACUCAGACGGGGGCGGCAGCUCCCAGACCCACCGGCACCGCGGAUGGCAGCCAGAAGCCUCCAGACCUCCUGGAGCAGAGGAAGGUUCCUGACGUUCACAAGGUAUCGCAGCCAGAUAAUGAACAUGGUGCUGUUGAAAACCGGGAUCCUAACAAGCAUCAAGCUGCUGCUGCUGCUCAGUCCAACCGCCGCGGCCGUGGAAGAGGAAACCGCAGUAGAGGGAAAGUUAACGUGCGUCGUGAUGGCCCAAUGAAGUUCGAAGAAGACUUUGACUUUGAGACUGCCAACGCUCAGUUCCACAAGGAUGAGAUUGACAAAGAGCUUCAGAACAAGCUCAAACUGAAAGAUGACAAGGCUGAAAAGGCACUGAAUGGAGAAGAAACUGCUGAUUCGGAACAUCCAGCCACUGAGGGAGCCAAUGAGGAGGAGGAUGCAGCUGUGAUAAACACAUGUUACUAUGACAAGUCCAAGUCCUUCUUUGAUAACCUGUCCUGUGAUGACUUAAGUAAAUCAGGCGAAAGAGGAUUUUCAAGAGAGCGAAGGUCGACCUGGGCUGAAGAGAGACGAAUGAAUUCUGAGACAUUCGGCAUCCCUCUGAGACACAAUCGAGGACGAGGAGGUUACCGUGGUCGGGGCUACAUGGGGCCCCGUGGAGGCCGCGGGCGACCGCUGAGCAGAGGUUCCUUCGGGCCACCCCGCGGUGCCCCGCCUGGCUUCAGAGGCGGAUUCAGAGGUGGCAGAGGAGGCCGGGAUUUCUCUGACUUUGAAUACAGGGUAAAUUAUUGAAAGAAGGAUAACAAGGUGGCUGCAUAGUACUGCAGCGACGGAUCCACACAGAAUUGUAGCCCCUCAUCAUGAAAUGAUUCCUGUUGAAGAAAUUCUUUGGUCUCCACAUUUGACAGAAAGAAUGAAGAUUUAUCCUCUCAGUCACUAGCACCAGGGUCGACUGCUUUACAUCAGGGGGUGAGAGUGCAGCUCCCUUUUCUCCACUUUGAGAAACAGGCUUUUUGUUUUGUUUUUCUUUUUUGCCCCAGUCACCAGAGACAAGAACAUGUGUAAAUACUUUGCUUUGGAGUAAUUCUGUAUUUUUGCAUCAGUCAUGUUCAUUUCUUACUAAAGUUGUCUUUGAUAUUGAAAGCUGUAUGCAGAAAGCCCACUGAUACUGUGAGUGGAUCACAGUUCAUGUGAUCAAUAGCUUUAUUUUUUAUUUCCUUUCAGUUUUUGAUAUGAUGAUGUACAUUGUCACCAAAAUUCACUGCAUUGCCUGUUGCAUCAGAUGCUUCUCUGCUCAGUUUGGUUGCCAUGUGUUCAGUAUUUUUGGAUAACUUUUUUUCUUUCUUUCUUUCUUUUUUUUUGGAUAUCCAUAAUUAAGUAAUUAAACGCCAGCUGAUGGAAAUAAUAUCUGAUCUGAAUAUUAGAAUAAACGAAUGUAUAUCUCAGUCCCCCCCCCCCAAAUUGUGGCUCUCCAGACAGACUUUUAGUUUAGAUUUUUAAGAAAUGUGUAGACAGUAUUUAGAGCCCCUCGAACCUCCAACAUCAGAUGAAUUCUGUUCUUGCUUUACAUUUGUAGGUGAACCUCUGGCAGCCUGUUAAUAAAAGCCUAAUGCAGGCAGUCAAUAGGAAUCGGUCAUGUGGCUUCAUGGGGUUUACAGCAUUAGCCUUAGAAAGUAUGUGUCGACUGUAGAUUUUGUUUUUGGCCAGGUCUGUUUUAUAUAGUUGAUGAAACAAAGAGCAUUCCCAUGAUUUGUGUCUGUGAAAGAGGAACAUUCAUUGCUGUCAACGCCUUUAGAGGUUCUUAAAAAAAGGAAAGAGUCAGGGUUGAAUUUGACAAAAAAAAUGCUCAGCUAUUUUGCCAAAAAGAACAUGAGAAUUUGGUUGAAAAGUAAUUGAAAGUCCAUAAGUUCUCAUUUUAGUACCUGUUCAAUCUACAUUUCUGUGUCUAAAAUAUACUGAGCCAUCUGUUAAGCAUGUUUUUUUUUUUUCUUUGAAUCGUCUUAUAGUUGUCAUCUGUGUUGUUUUUUCAGUCUCCACAGUCAGCUGUUUCCACAGCAAAACUCAGUACUUGCAAUGUUGUAAGGUUUGUUUACUGAAAAUGGGAACUGUUUUUUAAAUGGACUGAAUAAUGUCUCAAAACGUUAAUGUUCAGUACAAAUUUCAGAUUGAUGUCAGCCCUUUGGUUUGUUCGCAGAUCCUCUUGUUGCAUUGUUGUCAAUGUGAUUGUUCUCCAGAGUGGAUUUAUUAUUUUUUUACCAACUUGUGAACAAAGGGACAAGAACUGGAUGUGGUGCCAGUGUGUUGUUGGGAGAUUUUUUUUCGUUGCUUUCUUUUUGACUCUGGUAUGUUAGUACUUUAGGGACUUCAGAGUAUUUUUGCCUUCAGAGUGGUGAAUUUUCUACAGCUCUCCCUUUAACUUAAAGGUUACCUUUUGACAAAACUAUUGAUAGCACUACGAGGUGAAUCUAGAUCCUUCUCAGUAGCUGUGGUUGUUUAGAGCAAAGCAGCCCAGUUGAAAAUGUGUGCUGUUUAACUGGAUAUUGCACAGAUUGGUAAUCACUGCAUGAUAGCCGUAGAAAUCAUCACUUUACUAUAUGGGCUUUCGCAAUAACCAGCAAGAUUAAAUUUGAGACAAAACGUAUUAUUGAGCGAUUAUAACUGACGUGUUUUCAUAUGUUUGUUACUCCUUCCAGUCACUGGAAUUGUAAACCAGGAAUUGUUUUCUUGGCAAUAUCAGCAAAAUGGAGUUUUUACGUAAAAAUAAAGAGUUGUACAAUAACA